AUGGGGAAAAUCUAUCAAGUUUUCGUUGUCGGAAUAAAGGGGGAGAAGAAAACUGUCGAUGUUGCACACUCCGAGGUGGAAUUCAACAACACGACAGUUUUAGAGUUCAAGAGGAAACUUUCAGAAAAAUUCCCUGGGAAUUCAGGUGAUGAUUUGUCUUCAAUGAGGCUGUUGUUUGCGGAUAAACAGCUGGACGACGCAGACAAGUUCUCGGAUCAUGAGAUCAAGGACCAUUCGACCAUCUUCCUUGUCCUGCGGCUGCCGGGGGGUGUCAUCUAA